AUGGAGGAUGACAUCAAUAUUCUCAAUGGGAUCGCAAGGGAAGGAAAUGGUGAGAUUUUGAAUGAGGAAUGUGUGAAGGGAACACCACCUGAUGCAGAGAUCUUCAAUUAUAGAUUACCUGAAAAUGGAGGCAGCAAAGUAGAACUACUUUUGAAGGAAACGGGACUAGCUUCACAGGAGCUGUCAUUUGAAAGUGCACCGAAAAGGGAAUUUGAGAAGGAAAUUGGCAAUAACCCCGCAACCAAUUGA